CUCCUGACAACCUCACUGGACAGCACACGCCAGAAACAUUUGUUAUUAGACAAAUCCGAGGCAGCAUAUCGAACCAACAGACAUCGGCCACUCGGCCACUCGAAAUCAAACAUCCCUCUCGCCACAGCUUCUCCCCGCACGCAUCGACAGGCCUCCCUUGGAAUCGGGGAACGAACCAUCGCAAGCUCACCCAAGAACCUCCCACGAACGCGUUGACUGGUGCAACCAGCACGCUACCAUGCCUCCCAUUCGAACAAUGCCGACCGUCAAGCCGGUGAGGACCGAGCGUACUCACGAGGAGAACCAGGAAAGAGCAUACAUCGCUGCCUCGCGAAGAAGUGAUCGUAGUCUCGAGGCGCGAGUCGAAUCUGCCCGGCGCGCGUCAGAAAUCCACAAGAAGAGAACCGGGCGAUCUCUUCGAGUACGAGAGGAAGAUGUUAUGAAUGAGGAAAUGUAUGAGGAGGAAGACGACGACUUGCCAAUGCAGUUCCGACGGAUAAACGCCCUCCAUCCAGGUCUUGCGUUCAACCCAGCCUUUAGCGACAGAGUUAACAGCUAUCUUGCCGGCCAGAUUGGCGUUAGGAAUUAUCUCCACCAGGCCAUAUACCAGGCCAACCAGAGUCAAUACAACAAUCACUUCCUGAAUCCCAUGAUGCAGCAAAACGCCUUUCAAAACCCAAUAAUGCAACCUCAAGCAAUGAACGCCGCACCUCAGUCCCCGUGGCCAAUGAAUAUGCAAAACGUGCAGCCAAGUAGCCAUGGUCGCUCUGCAUCGAUCGCAACACCACAAGGCUUUGCGAGUCAGCAGCAGUCAGGCAUGCCGACCGGCUUAGAUACUCGGCGCAUGUCGCUGAACCCAACAUCACCAGGCGCUGCAUCUCCUGCCAUCUCGCACCCUCGAAGCACACACUCAAGUCAACCGCCGACGCCUCACGCACUGGUCAACUCCGGUCAAUCGCCAAAGCAAGUGCCGACACCACCACAAUGCAACCAGACGGCUACGUCGCCAGUGCCAUCGACGGCACCUACUGAUCAAAAUAUCUACCCGUUGACCACCAAGCUGCCCAUCGAGUCACAACAGCUACUGGAUGGCCACCCAGGCUUUAACGUGCCAUCUUACCAGAUGACUCCAGGGUUGCCGAUGCCAUCCAUGGCAGCCUACAGUUACAACCCCAACGGCAAACCGGUAAAGGGAGACUCGGGAAGUGGCUCACAAGGGGGCUUGAAUCAAACGCUCACGUCAUUCUAUCAGCAAAACACCAGCCCUCAUUCGCCUUUCGAUGAACCCCAGUCUGCAGCAAGCGCACCCGCAAACUUGGACUUCAACUAUAACCAGAAUAUUUACGGCGAUAUGGAUAUGAGCGACUCCAAGUACGCAUUUAACAUGGACUUUGGCAGUGGCACCAAUAGCGGCCAAAUUACUCCUGCUGCAGGUCUUGACUCUUCGUGGAACCCAGACGACUUUUUCAACUACUCCGCAGCAUCCGACUGA